UAGCCGCGGGAGCUGCACUGGCCAGGGGUUCCGGCUGCAUUUCCAUGAGCGCCACCGGCAGCCGCGGAGCUGUAGGACCCCAACGGGGGGUGAGCUGGGCUCUGUAGUCACCCUCGCACAGGAAGACCAGCUGUCACACCUGUGCCUCUGGGAACGGUCUUCUCCAGACCGGCCUCUGGGAAUAGCAUUUCUGCUGCUCUCCGGGGGGUGUUUCCCACAUUCUCCAAAUCACUCGACCAUUUCCAAGUUCUGAACCUGACAUGGCCUUGGCCUUGCUCAGCUUUCGCUGAGGAUGACUCUCUUUCGGAUAAACCUGCGGGAGAGAUCUGAGCUGACCGGCCCAGCUGCACAACGUUUCAGGGCCCGUUGAUAUUCCCAGCAGACAGGAGCCAAGGACACAGACCAAGAUGAACGCCAUGCUGGAGACGCCCGAGCUGCCGGCCGUGUUUGACGGGGUGAAGCUGGCCGCGGUGGCUGCCGUGCUGUACGUGAUCGUCCGCUGUUUGAAUCUGAAGAGCCCCACCGCCCCGCCGGACCUCUACUUCCAGGACUCGGGGCUCUCGCGCUUUCUGCUCAAGUCCUGUCCUCUCCUGACCAAAGAAUACAUUCCUCCGUUGAUCUGGGGGAAGAGUGGGCACAUCCAAACCGCCCUGUAUGGGAAGAUGGGAAGGGUGAGGUCGCCACACCCAUACGGGCACCGGAAGUUCAUCACCAUGUCUGAUGGAGCCACUUCAACCUUCGACCUCUUCGAACCCUUGGCCGAGCACUGCGUUGGAGAUGAUGUCACCAUGGUCAUCUGCCCCGGAAUCGCCAAUCACAGCGAGAAGCAGUACAUCCGCACCUUUGUCGACUAUGCCCAGAAAAAUGGCUACCGGUGCGCCGUGCUCAACCACCUGGGCGCCCUGCCCAACAUCGAGCUGACCUCACCACGCAUGUUCACCUACGGCUGCACCUGGGAGUUCGGAGCCAUGGUGAACUACAUCAGGAAGACAUACCCCCUGACCCAGCUGGUGGUCGUGGGCUUUAGCCUGGGCGGCAACAUCGUGUGUAAAUACUUGGGGGAGACUCAGGCGAACCAGGAGAAGGUCCUGUGCUGUGUCAGCGUGUGCCAGGGGUACAGCGCGCUGAGGGCCCAGGAGACCUUCAUGCAGUGGGACCACUGCCGGCGCUUUUACAACUUCCUCAUGGCCGACAACAUGAAGAAGAUCAUCCUCUCGCACAGACAAGCUCUCUUCGGAGACCACGUGAAGAAGCCCCGGAGUCUGGAGGCCUCGGACCUGAGCCGCCUGCACACGGCCACGUCCCUGAUGCAGAUUGACGACAACGUGAUGAGGAAGUUCCACGGCUACCGGUCCCUGAAGGAGUACUACGAAGAGGAGAGCUGCAUGCGGUACCUGCACAGGAUCUACGUGCCUCUCAUGCUGGUUAACGCAGCCGACGACCCACUGGUGCACGAAAGUCUGCUAACCAUUCCAAAGUCUCUUUCAGAGAAACGGGAGAACGUCAUGUUUGUGCUGCCUCUGCACGGGGGCCACCUGGGCUUCUUUGAGGGCUCCGUGCUGUUCCCCGAGCCCCUGACGUGGAUGGAUAAGCUGGUGGUGGAGUACGCCAACGCCAUCUGCCAGUGGGAGCGGAGCAAGCUGCAGUGCUCUGACGCGGAGCAGGUGGAGGCCGACCCGGAGUGAGGCCUCCCGGACUCCGGCGCGCUCCAGCCGCCCUCCGGCCGCCCGCCUCUGGAGCCCGCGUCCCUCGCCGGCUGCUUCAGGUCUCCUGCUCCCCCAGGGACCUGGGCCUGACCUCACACCGUCAGGGGCCGCCACCAGGCACACCUGUCGUGGGGUGGGCGGCCCUCCCCGGGAGCCCCAGACUAUUUUUGUGCUUAGUUACUGGUUUUCUCCAUUGCAUUGUCAGCCGUGGUGACAAGCGACAGGCCUCUCCCCGUCUGUUUGGUUUCAGCGUAUCAUGAUUGCUUUCAAGCCAACGCUUCCAGUUUCCCUACGAAACGUGUCGGAACAGCCGUUUUGCUUUGCCAAUCAAAAGGCUUGUCCCCAAGAACGGUGAAGGAUGUCCUUUAUUUUGUGGUGGUCAGACGUGCCCUUAAUUAAUGCAGCUCUCGAAAAGAGCUCACCAACCUCAGCCUGCGCUGGAGAUGCAGGUCAGCCAGGCGCCUUGGGGGGGACCUGGGCCCCCGAGGCUGCACUGUGGCCCCUGACAUGGCAGAGCAAAUUCCCCUGAGUCACAAGCCACACUUGUCUCUCACUCUCUCCUGAGAUAGUUUCCCUGCACUUUGCUGGUGACGAGAGUGACCUGGGCCACUUAUUAAAAAUUCAGCCUCCCAGCCCCCUCCCCCUGGAGAAGCUGAUUCAGUGGGUCUGGGAGGGGGCCUGGGGAUUUUAAUUUUUGACAAGUGCCCCCGGCGAUUCUCAUCACCAGGCAAAUUUGGGCAACACUGCUCCGCAAGGCCUUUAAAUUAGAAACAUUUCAGUUUUGAAAUUGUGUUAAAAUUCAUAGUCAGAGGUGUCGCCUAGCUCCCAGGAGCCUCCGGAAGAGUGAGGUCCGCCCUGCACAGCGGCCCCUGUGGGGUCCAGUGUGGGGCCUGGGCUGGAGUGAGGAUUGUGGGCUGCCCCCGACUCUGCUCCUCACUGGCUGCAUGACCCUGGGAAAGUCCCUCUGAAGUCAAGUUUCUCCACCUGUGAAGUGGGGGACCUGGACCAGGUAAAUUGCCGCGACCGCUGCCAGUCCUGAAGUUCGAUGGCAAACUCAUUUUCCUGAGGUUCGAGGGGACAUUCCUCCCGGGGAGCCCGGGUGCUCCUCCCAGUCUGAACUUGCCCGUGUCAUCAUUGCCUUGCUUUUCUUUCCUUUUUUUCCUCGGUUCAUAGAAGUUUUUGGCUUUUUGUUUUACUAUGCCCUCAUUUGUAUUUUUAUUUUUUUAACCCAGGUCUCCGUAAUUCUGGCUUUUGAUACCAAACAAUUCAAAAGUUGGAUCUGAGUUUGGAGAAAGAUCUUUCCAACCGAAGGGGGUGUUGUUUUGAAAGCAGAUUGUUAAUUUAAUAGCCUAUUGUGAUCUGUCGGAGAGGUCUUUCCAAAGGGUGUCUUCUCAAAUGACAGGUUUCAAGUACUUCCUUCUCCAGUCCUGUGGUACCUGAAUGUCUAAAACCCUGCACUUUGAAAAUCAGCAGUGGCUAUCUGGAACUAUGAGCAAAAUUGCCUGCAUGCUGUAAAAUUUCUCCCAGCUUCAUCUCCUUUGCUCCAGGACAGGCAGGAAUAGAAAAAGUGGGUCUGGUGGACGCCUAAGGGGUGGAGGGAGCCACCUGGGGGCUUGGGUGCCAACCCUCGUGGCCACAGGUGGGUUGGUCCGAGCAACUACGACGUCUGUAGGCUGAAGAAAUCAUUUGCUGACAAUCAGCAGAUUGUAUUAACGAAUCACGUGAAAAACAGCCCUUCUCUCCGAAGACCGAGAUAGCUGUGGUCUCAGCUUCGCUUUGGCUUAUUUAUACGAGUACGUCCAUCAGACUCACCUUGUGACUUCCUGCCAGUAGUUAUUUUUCAGUGCUUUUUCUUUUUCAGCACAGAGUGGCACUUUAUCAUCUAACCCUCCACGUGGAAGCUAGUCCUUCCCCCUUCUCGCUUUUCCCUCUGCCUGACAACCACAGCGGUAACUAGAAGGUUCAUGGUCCUAUUCCCCACGACUCCCCUCACCGAGUAAGACUUUCCCUGGAACUAGGUGCAGGCAGCAGUAACCGAUGGGUUUGUGUGACCGUCGUAGGAAGCAAGUGGCUCCUUUCCAUUUGGCAUCUCUUGACCCGUUCUGAGAAAGGAGUGGCCAGGUCCCAGUUCCAUUCAGGAGGAGAAAGGACAGUCCUGUUGUCACUUUCAGCACAACAGGAGUCCUGGGAGCAGGCUGGAUGGCCCCGUGGAGGAGAGGCGGGGCUGGGGGCGUCUCCUGCGUUUGCCACACAACCUGCAUUUGCCCCGCUGCACUGCGGGGGCUGUGUCCCAGCUGCACUCUCUUUAGUGAGCGACUCUGAAUGGCACUCAGUUCCGCUUGGCUCCCACGAAUCCACUAGAGCCCCCUGCUCGGGCUCCAGGCCCUCGGGCAUGGAAAUGAGGAUGUGACGGCAGCUGUUGUCCCACAGGGGAACUCGCGUGAGCCCCUGAACUUACAGAGAGGGGCGCUUGCCAAAUAAACAAGGGAGGGGCAUUCUACACGGGCCCACUGUGGCCUCCCCUCAGCUCUCCUCUGCUUUUUUCCCUGCAGUCGUUCAUUUCCGGUGGUAAUGUGAGGGCUGUUCUUGUGAGUAAGGUCCUGCCUGGGCUGAAAGUAGGCUGAUGUUUUAAAGAGCAUUUGAGUACUGUCUUUUAGAAUCAGAUUAAGGCUGCAAGUUGCAUAGACCGCUCUGCUGCAGGAAUAACACAUUAAAAACUGGGAGGGAGGCACCCCCCCCCCCCCACCGUUGGCCUCACUGCCUCCUAAACAAUUUUGAGGCCAUUGACAAGCAGCUGGUCCGAGUCAGAUUCAGAUUUUCUAAAAAACAGUGUUGGGUCUCUUUGAUGCAUUUAUGUCAGAAGGGAGUUUAACAGCCUUGAAGAAAACCUCUUAACCUCCCGCUGUGAGUUUGCCCCAGUGAUUCUAGAGCAGAACAGGGAAGGAAGCUGUUUGCAGCCCCUGUAGCCUUGCAAGCUCUCUGUGGCCUUGCACGCUGACAGGGGUCCCCAUGGCAGACCAUCUGGGUGGCAAUGUACCUGAAAGGGGGACUCCUUUCUUGGCUUGGUGUUAGGGAAGCAGGGCCCUGGAGACUGCCCCUUACUCACACUGCGUGGGGGGAGCAACCGCUUCACCUCUGAGCCCGGCUACGUAGACCAUCUAAAACCUGUUCCCCCUGAGUGCACAUUAUUUCCCUGAACGUUCCCAUGUGCCUUCCACAGCCGGUGGAAAUGGGUGAGUGCAGGCCCCCCGCUCACCUCGAGGGGCCUUGGAGAGGGGCUAGUGCUUCAGGCCUUGCUGGUGAAGACCCUCCAUCUUGCCCUUGCCCUGUCCUUGGCUUAGGGGCACCAUUGCACUCAGGCAGAUAGCCCCAUCUUUCUGUGUGACUCAGGCGGAGCCCUGAGAGUUGCCACGGCAGAAGUCCUCCCAGCUCUGGCCUUCAUCCCCAAACUGCCGGCUUCAUUAGCGCCAGCUCUCUGGGCAGCCGAGUGUAUGCGCCCGGCAUCUGAAUGAGAGCGCUCUUUGUCACUGUGUGACUGCAGGUCGUUUUGCCAGCUCCAGGGACACAAUGUCUGUGUCCUCGUUUGUGUUUGCCAGGCAGGCAGAUGUCUGAGAUGUGAGAGGCGCUUCUUUUGCUGUGGCAUCGAUUCUGGCUCAGAGCUCAAGGAAAGGUCAGAAACAUCACGUUGAGUUAAGAGAACUCUCAGGUUCUCGUCUUUUAGGCAGGACAGGAGAGUUACCGAGAAGCAUUUCCCUGCAGCAUCUGCUCACAGUACAUCUGGAAUCACUUUCUUUGUCCAGAAAGCCUUAACUUGACUAUCCCCUGGUACCAUGAUAUUGUGGUGUUGGGAUUCAAAUUCUUCCGAGGAAGUUUGAAGUGAAGCCACAAGCAAAACCAGAGAAUUUCUUCAUUCUCUGUGUCCUGUUUGUUCCCCGUUAUGCUAGGCACCCCCACCCCUCGGUGACACGAGGGACCCAGAAUCCACUAACGCCACGUCUCUGAUGCCUUCCUUCCUUCUUGGCCUCACUCUGUUGUUCAGAGCCACUCUGGGUGACUCAGACACCUCAAAAACCAUGAGAAAUGGCCUGUCCAUGGCCCGAAGAGGCCCAGCAAUUGAGGGGAGUUUGCUCCCGCCUCCAUUAUCUUAGCAGAGGGAAGUAACCCCUCUUCAUGGAGACGGGUUGCUUUUGCCAAACUGAAGCUGAGGGGAGGGGAAGUGGCCCCUGCUGGCAGCGAGGCUGGACCACUCCCCAAACGAAAGCUGCUUCCUCCUGCCCGUGCCGCCACCACUGCUGCCCCCGGAAGCUGCAGCCCGGCAUCCUUGGAAGCAGGCUGCAGAGUCCAGCUCACCAGCCAUUCUCGUCUUCCAGACAGUGCACAGCUACCCUUCGGGAGACUUAGCACCCCGCUCCCCACGUUUUCUGAGCUGUUUGUUUUCCCUGGCAGGUAUGUGGGUAUCUCUAAUGAAUGAGAAGACGUUAAUUUCUAUUAAUGCUGGUGGAUUAAGUCUGGUAACUCUGCUCUUCUGUCAAUUAGUAAUAAAAUCUAUAACCUACCUUUUCCCCCUCCCAGUCCCCACAAGCCAAGAAAUCUAUUGCCAUAAGUUGGGGACCGUCCACGUAUCGCACCUGCAGACACACCCUUCGUCUCAAUGGGCAUUCUCCUUCCAGGCCACCCACACUGAGCAGCCCGCCGUCCCCCAGAAUAAUUGCCGACGCCCUCCUGCCCCAGGCUGUUCGUGCGGGUGUAGAGUUAGGUUUCCUUUGGUGUUCAAUUUGGCCUCUUUAAGUUUCCCUAAAGCACAAGUCCAUGUCGAACCCUGUCGCCUCCCACAGCGGUUCAGGUGACCCGGGCCUGUCCCACUGCCUCAGGAAGACCGUCACUGUACCUGAGCUUCUGACUCCUGCCACUGCAGCUGCCUUAGCAACACCGGGGGAGGCGGGGGGGGGGCGGGGAACCAGUGUGCGUCUCCCCCUUCCUGGUCAGACUCCCAUCAACCACGUUCUUCUGUUGGCAGAUCUGCUUCCAGACUGAUUUUUGAGAACCAUCACUUUCACAUUCCUAACCUUGGUUUUGUCUGCAUUUUCUGAAACUUAAAAUGCUGCCCUGAAAGUAAUGUACUUUGGAGUUUGUGUUCUGGAAGCCUCCGUGCUGCUGGAUUAUGGGGGAGAAACGCGGAUCCUCCAGCACUGAGGUGUUCGAGAUUUGCAACUAGCAAUGCAAUUUUUUCUAAAUAUGAGGAUAUUUACCUUUAUUAAGAAAUUAUACUAAACAAUGACGUCCUUGAUCAUUUUAUGUUCUUGUAUUAGUUUGAUCCUAUUUUGAUUCUGUGUGGUGGUAAACAAAGAUCAUUACAAACAAAAACUGUAAUUUUGUUAUCUUCGAUUCAAUGGAAUUUCUUUACUUAAAAAAAAUUAAAGACUAAAAA